AACUGUGAUAUUCCCUAAUAAUGACGGGCCCAAGCCGCGCCCCGACUACUACCCAAAAUCAAUUCCUAAGGACAUAGCGCCACGCCUCCUGAAUGCGCACACCGAACCCUUCACCUGGUGGAUCGGGCAGACGUUCAUUAAUCUCCUGAAGAUGAAUGAUGCAUUCAAGGAGCACAUAGAAAAAACUAAGCUCUCGUCUAGGUUUCGAAAAACCUAUUAUUGGUGUGCAGAUCAGAAGAACAGACAAAAUUAACUCGGAAUCCUUAUUCUAUCAUGUAGAAGAAUACAUGAACAUCGUUGAUGACUACUUUGGCGAAAUGGAGAUGCAGGGGGUGAAUUUGACAACUCGCAGGGUAUUCUUAGUAACCGAUGACUAUAGUGUCGUUCUUGAAGUGCAAAAGAAAUAUCCCCAGUAUCAUAUCUUGUUCAACAAGGACAGUAUAGCCACCGCAAGCAAGUUCAAACGACGUUCGAAAGCCAAUAAGCAAUUGCUAAUGGCUGACGUCUACUUCCUCUCUCACACGGACGGUCUCGUGUGUAAAAUGUCCUCCAAUAUAUGCCGCAUAGCGUACGAGCUUUUGCACACACCCCACACGGACGCCACCAGGAAGAUCUACAAUGUGGACCUGCCCUAUUAUUUCCAUUUCCAGAGCCCUCGAUAUAUGAAGGCGAGGUACCCCCACACACCUCGCAGUGCCAAUGAGCUUGAGCUUCAGAACGGAGAUCGCGUGAUGGAUGAUCACACGUAUUACCGGUGGCAUCGCAAUCCUCACAAUGGAAUCAAUUACGGAACGAACAUGAGAACGGGAAAGGCCGGCUUCUACCCGGUCUAUAAGACGUUGGAAGACCUGCUGCUCGCUGACACGCCGUCUUUUGAUUUGAUUGAUAAGAGAAAAAUGUAAAUUUACAUAUUUUGA